UUCACACAGAGACUGGUGAAUCUCUGGAAUUCUCUGCCACAGAAGGUAGUUGAGGCCAGUUCAUUGGCUAUAUUUAAGAGGGAGUUCGAUGUGGCCCUUGUGGCUAGAGGGAUCAGGGGGUAUGGAGAGAAGGCAGGUACAGGAUACUGAGUUGGAUGAUCAGCCAUGAUCAUAUUGAAUGGCGGUGCAGGCUCGAAGGGCCGAAUGGCCUACUCCUGCACCUAUUUUCUAUGUUUCUAUGCAGGUGAGUAGUGUAAAUGGGACAUGUUGGUCGGUGUGGGCGAGUUGGGCCGAAUGACCUCUCUCCACGCUGUUAUACAAAAAUAUAUUAAAACAUCCUUUUUAUUUAGGUUCUACUUACUCGUACUCAAGGAUCAGCGGCUCAUCGGGCAGAUAACGAGUGCGCAACGCACGUGUAACUGUUGCAGGCAAAUUGAAGCGGAGAGACAGGCGUUGGCUAAAGCAGUUUCCCUUUUAAAUAGUUUAGAGUGGGAAGAGGCCAGAGAGAGAGAGAUGUUCUGGGAAUUAUACAUGCGCGAUAGAGAGCAUGCGCCGCAAUUAGAUAGCGAGUAAGAAGUUUGUUUCGAGACUAGUUUAAAGUAAAGAGUCCCUAAAGGGAGCGAGUAGAAUAGUUUACAGUGUCGAGUGUCUAAAGAGAGCGAGUGGCAGGCGUAGCGGGGAGACUGGCCGCGGCAUCAAUGGAGAAAGCGCAGAGAGAAUAUCUGUUCAAGGUCUUGGUGAUUGGGGACCUGGGCGUUGGGAAGACCAGCAUCAUUAAGCGCUACGUCCACCAGAUCUUCUCCCAACACUACAGGGCCACCAUUGGGGUGGACUUCGCCCUAAAGGUGCUGAAUUGGGAGGAAGACACGGUGGUAAGAUUGCAGCUUUGGGAUAUUGCAGGGCAGGAGAGAUUUGGCAACAUGACCAGAGUUUACUACCGGGAGGCAGUCGGAGCAUUUAUUGUCUUUGAUGUAUCCAGAGCGUCAACGUUUGAAGCCGUCUCGAAAUGGAAGAAUGAUCUUGACUCUAAAGUGAGGCUGCAGAAUGGCAGGCCCGUGCCUGCAGUUUUGCUGGCAAACAAAUGUGACCAGGCAAAGGAGGGCCUGACCAACACUCUGCCCAAACUGGAUCAGUUCUGCAAAGACAAUGGCUUCAUCGCCUGGUUUGAGACAUCAGCAAAGGACAACAUCCGCAUUGAAGAAUCUGCUCGCUUGCUGGUGGAACACAUCAUUAGUGCUGAAGAUGAUGAUGGAGCUCCAGCUGAUCCUGAAAUUAUUUCCUCCCAGCAACUGUCACAGCACAGUAACCAUUCCGGCUGCACUGCUUGUACAAAGUAAUGCUGGAUCACUGCCGUGGGGAGGGCAAGGGGGUGGUGGGGAAAUAAUGGGCCUGGCGAAUGUGAUGUAGAGAGUUGAAAGGCCAACAAACUCACCUGGAGAGCCCUUGGAGAAGGACCACUGCAUGUACUCAAUGACUUGAACCAGCUGCUGAAACAUCUGGGUUAGUAAUUGCACUGCUCCCAUGGACAUUUCUAUAUUGAUCAUGUCUUGUUCCAUUAAUGUCAUCCCGCUGAAAUGUAUUUUUUUUUUUCUGGGUUGAGAUUGAGAGCAGCCUUUUUCAGCUGCCAGACGCUAUUAAUUUUAAAAUGGAUCUAGGCAUUAUGAUGGUAAUGGGAGUUCUGAAGGUUGGAUUCUGGGCACUCGUUCUUUGGGAAGAAAAUUAGUUUCAAAUUGGGUGCAUUUAGCUUUGAUCCUUUUGCCCCAUGCUCACUCCUCUCCAGUCUACCAGACCUACUCAUAAUGUGAGCAGUUUAUGGCUGACCAUCUUUGUUUUGUGCAGAUUUUGGCAGCAGGUUCAAGAACUACUGUUAUAAACACCUGCAGUAUAAGAGGAUAUUUUUCCAAUGUCCAGUGCAUUUUGCCAAAUGGACAAAUACAUUCCUUUUGCAAUUGUUGGGACUCUGAGCUCUGCUCAAUAAUUUGUCCCCACAAAUUGCUUGCAUCAGUUGCUUUUGUACAGCACUUUUAUAGUGUUGGUUUUUUUUUCCAAUCGUGUGCAAUAAGGAACAGCACCUCUUUGGAAAGUAAGAAGUCUAUUUUUCCAUCUAAGACUUUCUGAGAACCUCCGCUCCUAUGCCAGAUUCACAUUUUUGUGCUGGAGCCGAACUGCAGUUAUUCUAUUUUUUUUGUUAGCGUGAUCAAUUAUUGGAUCCUGAAAUAGCACCAGACUUCCUUUGCUCUGACCUUUUGCCACUUUGUUCUUGCCCAUGAAUUGGACGGGGAGGAGUGAGGAGUAAUGGCAGAGCUGUGGGAUUUCUGAGGUUGAGAGUUCAUACUGAAGACACAGAAAUAGAAUUAUAAGUUCAGUGCUUGCAAGAUCACACCCGUCACCCCUUAUGAAUAUUCCACACAUGAAUUUCAUUAUGGUAUAAUGUUCAUGCUGCUUCUCAACACUUUAUUGUUGGGUUACAUUGGGUAUAAUCAGUGUUAAUAUGGGAGUCUGCCCCUGUUUUAAUUGUCACUCCUAAUUUGUCCAGUGUUGGGGCUAUGCCAGUGUUAAAUUGCAUGUAUAAGGUCGUAUUUCCCCACACUAACUCUCCCCUGCACAUCCUGUAUUGGAUUAUUUGGGACUUUGGAAUGUUUCGGGGUGGUAUGAAUUUUGAUAUCCACCACAUUCUCCUGAUUUGGUACUUGAGGAAAUUGACUGUAUUAGUGCCACUUAUUUAUGAAUAAACUUCCUCUGCCCAAACACACUUUGAGUUGGUCCAGCUUCUAAUAUUGUUAAGCAUCAGUUUUGUUAUGCAUUGCAAUGUAUGCUAAACUUGAGCAAAUUUCUGUGCAUAAGCACAGGUCUGGCAACCAGAUCGAAGCAGUGCAGGCCUGUAAACCUUGAAAGCUAAAAAUCAGACCACAAACGUGAAGAAGCAGCACCUUGCGCACUAUCAUCCUAAAUGAUGGUUAUGCCUUGGGGUGUGAAGGUCCAGACUACAUUGCAACAAUCAUUGAUUAGAAGUGUUGUGAUUUAUCCAUCUUUUGGUCUUGAAAUCCAAAGUAUCUCAAGAUGGACCUAUUUGAUUUGCACCAAAUGAUGUGGGGGAUAAAAAGCUUAUUUUGCUGGACUCGGCAAGAACACCAGGAUGAGACCCCCUUGGUCUACAAAUACCAAAAGAACUCUCUUCUGGAGAAGAGUUUCAAAUGCCAGUAAGAGUGCAAUACCAAGAAGUACUUUUGAAAAUGAAUCCUCUGGAAGUUCCACCAGCUGUAAUUUAAGCAUCAAUCUAUGAUAUCUGUGUUUAGCACACCCAUGGCCUGGAUGCAGGAGUAGUUGUACAGUACAGUAACAGGCCAUUCAGCCCACUGAGUUCAUACUGGCCACGCACCCAUUCACGAUAAUCCCAUUGUAUCCUUCCACAUUUCCUUAACGACCGUUCCCCCUCAUCCACGUGGUGGGGACAGUCUGUCGAGGCCAAGUAACUACCGAUGUACCUUUUGGGGGAUGUUAGAAAUGAGAAUACCAGAAGAAAGCCACACAGACACUUGGAGAACAUAACCUUUGGUCACUGUGGAAUUUGGAAUUCAACGUGUUGUUGCUAGUGCUGAGGCAGCAGCUCAUUGAGUUUAUGCCAAUGCUGCCACUACAUUACAUCAACUGUUCCAUAAUGGAUCACCCUGUGCCUGGGGUGGUAACGAUUGUAGUUUGGUGUUCAAAUCCCUUCAUUCCCUCUUGUUUUGAAACUUUCUAAGCCUGCACUGGGCCUGGCUGAUAAUGUAGGGCAAGAACAGUUUUUUUCAGUUUCAUCUCUGCAGUGAACAGUGUAGAUUCUGUUUCAACGACACUGCCAUUUUGGGAUAAGGCAGCCAAUUGAGUAGACUCCCACCUUUUAAAAUCAUCCCCCCUUCCAUUGAUGCCGCGUAGCUGGUACGUGCUAGUGAAGAUAGAUGCAAAAAUGCUGAGGUAUCUCAGUGGUUCAGGCAGCAUAUCUGGAGAAAAUGGGUUUUGUCAGGACCCUUCAGUCAGGCUAGUGAAGGCUGCUAUUGGAGCACCUGCCAUGUCACUUUUUUCCUGCGAUUACAAAGUGAACUAAUGUGACUGCCUUGCCAUCCUGCAGUGGACACUUGUAGCCGAGUUAAAUCCCCAACACCCCAAUUCACUAAGUUGCCGUUCAGUAUCUCCCUAUCCAGUAUCACUAGUCAUCCACUAUACCAUCAAUUUGUUCAUUCUGUGAAUUAGUUUGACAUUUUGUUUAAAAUCAUUUAAACAAAAAUUGGUUUUAGCAGAUUUUUGUCUGGCUAGACUGUCAUUUUUUUCUAGUUGAGGAUCAUUUUCAUUUGCAACUGAUAAAGAUGUUGUCGGGACUCAAGGGCCUGACCUGUAGGGAGAGGUCGCACUGGCCAGGACUCUUCCUAGGAGUUACACAAAAAGGCUGGAGAAACUCAGCGGGUGCAGCAGCAUCCAUGGAGCGAAGGAAAUAGGCAAUGUUUCCGGCCGAAACCCUUCUUCAGACUACUCUUCCUAGGAGUGCUGGAGGAUGAGGAGUGAUCUUGUAGAAAUAUACAAAAUAAUGGAAGGAAGAGAUCGGGUAAACGCAGUCUCUUGACCAGAGUAGUGGUUGUGAACCAGAGGACAUGGGUUUAAUGUGAGGGAGGAGAGGUUUAAAGGGAACCUGUGGCAAUUUUAGUACAAAAAGGGUAAUGGGUAUAUCGAGUAAGCUGCCGGGAGAGGUAAUCGAGGCAGGUAUUAUUGCAACUUUUAAGAAACAUAUCGACAUGUUCAUGGAUAGGUUUGGAGGAUUUGAUUUGAUUUAAUUUAUUGUCAUUUGUCUUCAAUUAAGAGACAAUGGAAUUCUCUUUCCCUUGCAGUCAUAUUAAAAAAAAAACAAAAAAAACU